AUGAAGAAAGAUUUGAAGUAUGAAAAGAAUAUCCUUUUAAUUACUAAAGAUGAAAUUAAAAAGGAAAGAAGAAAAGAAAAAAUACAAAACCAAAUAAUUGAAAAAGAUGAUACAAAAAAUAAAAGAAUUACUGAAAUUGUUAAGACUAUUAUUUGGUUAACUAACUGUAAACCAAAUGAAAAAAUCCCAUUAAGAAUACUUAGUUGUAAAGAAACAUAUAAAUUAUGGAGAAAUAAAUUAGACCAAGCAAGACCAAAAGAAACACAUAAAUUAGGAAUUGUUUAUGUUGGUGUUAAUCAAUUUAAAGAAGAAGAAGUUCUUGGAAAUACUAAAGGGUCAGAAGGAUAUAAUGAAUUUAUUAAACAAUUAGGUGAAGAAAUUAAUCUUAAAGGAUGGAACAAAUAUUGUGGAAAAUUAGAUACUAAAUUUGAAACUGAUGGGGACAAAGCAUUAUAUUAUUGUGAUGAAAGAGUUGAAAUUAUUUAUCACGAAGUAGUUAAAAUACCAAUCAAAAAAGGAGAAUCAAUUUAUCAACAAAAGAAAAGACAUGUAGGAAAUGACAGAGUUCAUAUUGUUUAUUGUGAGUCUAAAUAUUAUAAUCCAUUAACAAUUACAAGUCAAUUUAAUAAUGCCCAUAUUAUAAUUUAUCCAAUUAAUAAUAUGUAUAGAAUUCAAGUUUAUUAUAAAGCAGGGGGAAGUUGGGGACCAUUACAAAAUGAAAUGAUUGUAUCUAAUGACCAAAUUGGAAUACUUGUUAGGGAAACAGCAAUUUAUUUAGAUAAGGCUUCAUUAAGUAGAUUUACUUCAGAUAAAUUAAUGAAUCAAUAUGUUUCUCGUCAAUCAAUUAUUGAAGGAAUUACUAAAUUAGCUGAUCCUAAUGAAAUUGAUUUGUUACAUCUUGUUAACAGAAUUAAAGAAAUAUCAUCAUCACUUUAA